GCAGUCUGCUCGCAAGUGGCUGGCAGUCAGGCGCCAUUGGGAAAUGCCCACGGAUUCCAGAGUGUGGCUACCUUUAUUGGCCGUGUUUAGAGCUGCUGGAACAGACUCUUCAUUUAACUGGAUCUGCUGGCUGUGUAAACCUUGUCCCAAUUGAUAACUGGCAUUAAGGCAGGUGGGAGAAGUGCUAGGACUCCAACACACACGCAAGGUAUUGGCUGGCACCAACUGUAAAAGGAGAGAUCAGGUUUUGGGCCCUUCCGGCAGUACCUGGUGAAUUCCAGCUGGGAAGCCGUAAAGGAACUCUCCAAGCUGGGCUUAGGGCUGGACACUCACACAGAACUUCGAACUCUGCAGCUGCCUGUGGAUUACAGGGAGGUAAAACGGAGGCUCACCACAAUCUGGGAGGAUUUUCAACCACAAGUAAGUGAUGCCUGGAGAAACAGGGGGCCUGGGAGACUGCUCAUGUGCCAGGGCGUAGGAGCUUUCUGGGCCUUGUUCUAGGUUUGAUUUGAAGGCUGGAGUGCACCUUUCUCCUGGGCCCCAUCACCAGUGUGAGGUCCAAGCUUCUGACAUAAAAUUCUGGGUUCCUAUAUUAAUUAUGCUGAAACAUGGGGUAGGCAGAUCUUACAAGAUGACUGGGUAAGAAAUGGGCUUUUUUUUUCUUUCCUGAGACAGGGUUUCUCUCUGUAGUCCUGGCUGUCCUUGAACUCAGAGAGACAUGCCUGCCUCUCCCUCCCGGGUAUAAGAAACGUGAAUCUCAUUUCAAGCCAGGGCUCAGGGAUAGGUCACACCUAAGAGAGAAGAUCUGCAUUAAGUCCCACUUUAUGGCUGUGUUGCCAGCUGUUGUCAGGGAUUUAAGCCAGAGAGCUUUCAGGCCUAGGGAAGCUGGUGAGAUGACAGUCCACCCAGGGCCAAGCCACCUUCAAAGCACCCUGCCAGGGCCAUGGUGUGGUGGUGCCCCACCUCUAAUCUCUGGGAGUCUGGGGCAGGUGGAUCUCUGUGAGUUUAAGGCCAGCCUGAUCUACAGUAUGAGUUCAAAACCCCAUUUCACACAAAUAAAAGCAUUCUGCCUACAUAGUAACUGAACAUAAACAUUGUCUAAAAGGGGGAUGCAAAUAUCCAUUCCCCCAAAGGUAACAGAAUGGAGGCCAAGCACAGCACCCUGUGGUAAGACUCUAUCCAAAGGCUGCAGCUAUUUUCAAAGGAGGCAAAAGAAAGUCUAGUAAGGUUUGAUUAGACUAUGGCUAGCCUUCUUUAUGAAAGUUACAUUAAAAAGAUGUGAGAUUCUGCUAAAAUCCAAUUCCCCCCGCCUCCCCCCUCAUCCUAGAUUCCUGCUUGCUCCUGCCCACCCAUGAGGAAAGAGAGCACACAACCUUGUAAGAGCCAUUUGAAACAGGGACGUACUUAAAUGCCUUCAGUCGAUCCAAAGACAUGUUCCUUUUGCCCCAGCCCCAUUAGUUAGGGAACCAGUCAGGGAUCCUGGGGUUGUUUUACACCCUGGGUUCUGUCAUGGCUCAACUUUUCUGCACAUCUAGUGAUCUGGUGUCCCGGGACUUCUGAUAUGUGUGUUCACACAGCUUGUUGUGCAUGUGGGCAUGGACACUUCCGCCAAGGCCAUCUUUCUGGAACAGUGUGGCAAGAACCGAAGCUAUCAGGAUACAGACGUCCGAGGCUUCCAGCCUGAGGGUGGAGUGUGCCUCCCUGGUGGCCCAGAAGUGAUGCUGUCUGUUAUCAGUAUGAAGGAAGUCUGCCGGCGUGUUUCUGUUGAGGAUGUGGAGGUGGCCUUUUCCCGAGACGCCGGCAGGUACAUCUGCGACUACACCUACUACCUGUCUCUGUACCUUGGAAAUGGGCACGCAGCACUCAUCCAUGUCCCCCCGCUGUCACACUGUCUCCCAGCCAGUCUCCUGGGCAGAGCCUUGCAAGUUAUCAUUCAAGAGAUGCUGGAAGAAGGUGGGGGAGUCCAGACUCAACAGCGUAGCAGCGGAAGGGAAGCAGCAGGGGGAUGCCGCCUUUAGAUGAAAUGAAGCGUUUGGACCCUAGGUGGGGACAAGCCAGCUGUGCUGGGAGAGACUCUGAAAGAGUGGCUUGUGAAACAAUUCACAUGGCUAGGGGUCGUGGUGGGGGGAAUCAUACCACAGAAUGACAGUUAUUUUUGUGUUCAAAGCAAAACAAAAACUCCCAAAGGCUUCCCAAGGGAUUGAUUGGAGCUAUGGCUUUCAGGACAAUUGUAUUGCAAGCCAGUAGUUUCUCUUCCAAGGCGGUGUGGUCCUUCCCGGAUUGGGGACAUCAGAGCUGCUUCAGAGGUUCAAGAAAUGGAGAUGUAGUCCUGGCUCCAGGGACCCCAAUUCUGGUCCCUAAGCUUGUCAUCAUUCAGGUCCUCUGAAUGGCUCUGGUGCCACCCAGUCUCUAGUGUUUCGCUUUCUCCUCUCUCUGUCUGUCUCUCUGUCUCUGUCUCUGUCUCUCUGUCUCUCUGUCUCUGUCUCUGUCUCUCUGUCUCUCUCUCUGUCUGUCUGUCUCUCUCUCUCUGUACCACUCUCUCAUCAUUUUAGCAACUUUUGUUUGUGUAUUUUUCGAGACAGGGUUUCUCUGUAGCUUUGGAGGCUAUCCUGGAACUAGCUCCUGUAGACCAGGCUGGUCUCGAACUCACAGAGUGCUGGGAUUAAAGGCGUGCGCCACUUAACAACUUCUAAGUGAACAGUUCAGUGGUGUUUAUUUCAUGCCCAGUGCUGGGCGUUCAUCCUCACAGUGCAUCUCUAGGACUUUCUCCACAGCCAUCUGCCGGGGUUUGACCGUGAAAUGCUGCCCAGGCUGGCGUGUCUGAGUCACUUGGUCCCCGGAGGUGGUGGUGUUGUGGAGGGCUGUAGCAUCCUGAGGCGGUGGAACCCUGCCUGAGAAAGUGACUUACUGGCAGCCUCCACACUUUGUGGUCCUCCUGCACUUCCUUCCACGCUGGAUCCCUGAAAGAAGAUGCAGUGUGACCGGCUGCCUCCUACCGCCGCCGUGGCUUCCCUUUGAACCUGUACACCUGUACCAGAACAACACCCUCCCUCCUUAAAUUGUUCCAGCACCUUGCCACAGGAAAGGUAGCGACUACACCAUUAUGCAACAGUCCCCUAUGGUCUCUCUUCCUCAGCCUUUGGCAAGCACCGCUAUACCCUCCAUCUCCACGACCUGCAGGAGUCAUGAACCCAAUGUAAGGGGAGCCUUAUGUUACCUGCGUCUCUAGUUCAUCUAUGUGGUAGCACAGAACAGGAUCUCAUCGCUUUGUAAGACUGAACAGUAUGCCGCUGUAUGAGUACCGCACACUUGUUCCCCCCCCCCCAUCUAUAAACAGUCACUUAACAAA